AUUAUGGCUUAUCCGAUGUAUAUUUCCAACUGUGUCAUAAUUGAUUUUUAUACAAUAAAAAAGCCGACUAGUCAUAUUUUUAGGAUAUGUCCUUUUUAAAAAAAAACUUUAAAUACACGAAUAGACAAAAAUGCCCUCAUGAUUUCAUCGAUGUUUUGUUUACUAGCGAAAAAGGAGUCUUUCUUUAAUUCCGUGAGAUUAAAAACCCUAGGCGCUGUGUUUCUGUCGAUCGCUCUUCCUGUCGUUCCCGCCGAUCUACUCUCUCCGGCAACGGUUUCGUCUCUCCGGCGUUGUCUCGUCCGAAACAGAGGCAUCGAAAGAGCUCAGGAAUUCGAGGGCCCUCCAACAUAUCCUCGUCAAUCCGACGGUGGCUCCACAUUCACCGCAUUAAGUUAAGGAAAGACUCUACAUUUACUAUCAACAUGUUGUCUGGAAUAAAAAUCAUUCCUCGCGAGGAGGUGCUAGAUGAGAAUUCACACAAAGAUAAAGGGGAAUCCAGUAGUGGGAGAGAUAAGAGAAAAAAUCACAGAGACAGGGAUGGCGGUAGAUGUCGUAAGGCUGAGGUUGCUGUUGACAACACACAAGAAGUAGAGAUUGUAAGGAAGAAAAUUGGCCUUGAUUGGAUGCUCCCGUCAACCCGAAACACAGACUCAAAACCCAAUUUAAUCGAAGAGGAAAGUCCAGCCAAGGAGGUAAAUAAGGUGAACCCCAAGGAACUCAAUCCUUAUCUGAAGAACAAUGGAACUGGUUAUCCCGAGGAAGGAGAUGAAAAAAUAACUAUUGGAGAUCGACUUCCUUCGACAUCCCUUGUUGGUGAUGGAGGUGCGAGCUGGCGACUUAAAGCUCUUAAGCGUGCUAAAGAGCAGGCUGCCAGAGAAGGGAAACGCAUUGAGGAGGUUGUAGAGGAACGGUGGGGUUCCCUUGGUAAGCUUGCUGUCUCAGUAUCCUCUCAGACAGCAGCUCCGUCUCGUGCCCAUCUGCAUGCCAUAAAAAAUAGAAGAAAAGGGCAUAAUGAAGAGGCUGAUAUGGAAAAACAAGAAGAAAGGGUUUCUGAGAAGAGUAGUGGUCGGGCUUAUUUGAGGGACGUCUCUCUGCGUCAUCCAGAAAUGAGAGCCCCAAAAGCUGACUCUUCACUAUCUUGGGGAAAGCGGAAGGGUCAAGCCCAGAUAAAUGAAGAUGCUGGGCUGAUAUCCGAGGCUGCAUCUCGCUUAAAUAAGUUUGCCAAUGAUGGAAACUUCAUGAAGGAAAUGAUGUCUAAGCAGAGAGCCGAAACAACUGCCUCCACUGGUACAGAGCAGAAGACAGUAUCAUCUGAGUUCAAUAAGCCUGAUGAGGGGACUUCUUCUUCUGGUAAAGAGGCAAUGAGCGCGAAUCAAAUGGCAGCUAAGGCAUUACAGCUGCGGAUGAAAGGGAAACACGAAGAAGCGCAGAAACUUAUGGAGGAAGCAGACAGAUUGAAAGCAAAGCAGGCUAUUGGAGAUGAUUCUUCCAAAGAGCGCGGAUCCAGAACUGCAGCAAGAUAUGCCGUCCAAGAUGUGAAUGCUAGAAAGAGGGGUGAAGAAGAUAACACAGAUAGACAUUUAGCCAGAAGCAUAAUGCAGAACAAACGGUACAGUGUAUCCGGUCAGGCUGAUGAUGAGUAUGACUAUGGAGAGGCUCCAAGUAAAAAAUCCAGAAAGAGGGGCUCAUCCAGUCAUGAUCACAGUAACAUCUCUGAAAGGGAUAAUCGCGUAAAACGCAUCUUGACCCAGCAAGAGCGUUGCCUCUUCUGUUUCGAGAAUCAAAACCGCCCAAAACACCUCGUCGUAUCAAUCGCAAACUUCACGUAUCUGAUGUUACCACAGCGGCAGUCCGUUGUGCCAGGCCACUGCUGUGUCUUGCCAAUGCAGCACGAAGCAGCCAUGAGGAUGGUGGACGACGAUGUUUGGGAAGAGAUCCGGAAUUUCAUGUUUGCAAAACAAGGGAAAGAGGUUGUGUUUCUGGAGACAGUGAUGGGUUUAUCGCAGCAACGCCGGCAUUGUAUGAUUGAGUGUAUACCGUUGCCUCAGGAUAUCGCAAAGGAAGCGCCUCUUUAUUUCAAGAAGGCCAUUGAUGAGGCUGAGGACGAGUGGAGUCAGCACAACGCGAAGAAGCUAAUCGACACAAGUGUGAAGGGUCUCCGGAACUCGAUUCCAAAGGAUUUCCCGUACUUCCACGUGGAGUUUGGCCUAAACAGAGGGUUUGUCCACGUGAUCGAUGAUGAGAAACAGUUCAACGGGAAUCUCGGGAUGAACGUCAUCAGAGGGAUGCUUCAGUUGCCGGAGGAAGACAUGUACAGACGGAGAAGGUACGAGACCGAGGAGUCCCAGAAGCAGGCGAUGGUGAGCUUCUCCCGUGAAUGGGAGCCCUUUGACUGGACGAAACAACUCGGGUGAAAGUGAAAGAUCUCUCGUGCUUUUCUAGUCACAUUCUGGCGGGGAUAAUGUUAUAGUCAUUAUACAAUGGGAGGAUUCGGCAGCUGUACGUAUGGUUCAUUGCUGCGUUUUCUUUUUUAAUCUUUUUUAAUCUUUCCAUCAUGUGGUGAGUCAAAAAGUACUGGUAAAGGAGAAAUUGAUGGACUUGUCUGUGCUCGCGUUUCGGAUUUUUCAAUUUUAUUUAGAAAAAACCCGUAA